AUGAUCAAAAUCGAGAAGAAGACCGUGCACAGAGAUGAUGAGUUCCGAGAUGUGCAGGAGCGUCGGCGGGAGGAGGUGAGGCAAGAGUUUAGCAAGUCUUUGCACAAGAUCACCGAGCUGAUGCUAAGCUCCUACACCUUCUUCGAGUCCCAUCCCCCUGACAUCCAGCGGGAGUGGAAGAGCUAUAUCGACAAGGUGGACAAGAGGAUCGAGGAGGCCUUGAAGAAGGCUGUGAAGGCGAGCCUGCAGGAUCUGUGCAAGGCCCUGAACGGUGACACCAAGACGGAACCGUCCCCGCUCUUCAAGAUCCAAGCUGUCCUGGAUGAAGUUAAGAUGGACUUCAAGCCGCCCAUGUCGCAGCUGAAGGACUUGCUUCAGAUGGUCUGCCGCGAUAUGACCAUGACGCUCUCGGUGGUGCCCAGGCUGGCAGAACACCUCUACGCCGUGAAGACAGAGAGGGAUCGGACGAUCAAGAAGCAGCAGCUGGAAGAGGCGGGCGACUUGGCGGGCGCCAACGCCAUUCCUCCGCCAGGAGAUCCGCCCAAGAAGAAGAAGGGCUUCUUUGAGGAGGGGACUGCUGUAUCAAGUACGUGA